AUUAAUUUCACUUUGGAAAUAUGUCUGAUGAUUUAUUAGCGAAGGAAAAAGAGUUUCACAGGUUGAAUCGUAAUCUUCAAUUGAAGACAUGUGAUAUAAUGAAAAAAGUAGAUUCAAUCGUGCAUGCUUGUGCCACCAAUGAUUUGCUUGACAAUAUAAAUCAAACAUCUUCAAAUAUUGUGAUAAAAAAUGCAAAACGUAUACGUCCAAAAGAUAUAUCAAAUAUAAAUAAACAAUUGAAAACAUUGAAUAAAGUUUCUGAAAUUCCAUUAAAAGAAUGCAUCGAUAACACUGAGAUUUCGCCAAAAAAUGAUAACAUAGGAAGUAAGGCUAUUAUAAUUUUACUCAAAAGCAAGAUAGAUAUGCUGUAUAAAAAAUUACAAGAAGUACAACUUGAGUAUAAUAAUAAGUGCGAUUGUUGUAAAGAAUUAGAAGUGGAAAAGAAGAAACUUGAAGAUAUUCAAAUUAAACUACGUAACCAAACAGAAACAUUAAAUGAUACAAUUACAAAACUGGAAAAUUUAAAUUCAGAUGUACUAUCAGACUGUCAAGUUUUAAAAAAUGAAAAUACUACUUUAAAAAAGGAUUUAGAGAGUCUUAAAAAAGAAAUAAAAAUGUUAAAUCAACAAUCAACUAAUCUUGAUAUGAGAUUAAAUAGAUCACUAGAAAAUAACGAGAAACUUAAAAAUACAUUGAAAUGUAGCCAGACAGAAGAAAAGGUAUAA